AUGUUUAUGGAUGAGUACGAAAGUUUAAACCACAUGUCAGGAAUUUCAAGCCGGUCACGUGAACUCGAUCCGACACAAGUAGUCUACUUAACUCAUCAUCCAGUAAUCAGGGAGUCUAGUAGCACUAUGGCAGUUCGAAGUGUUUUUAAUGCGUCUCGACUAACGUCAAAUUUUAUAUCGCUUAAUGAUCACAUGCAUGUUGGGCCCAAAUUACAAACUAAUGUAUCCGAAGUUCUUUUGCAGUGGCGAACUUACCAAUUGGUUUAUGCUGCAGAUAUUGCAAAAAUGUAUAGACAGAUUCUCAUAAAUGAAAAGGAUCGUGACUAUCAGAGAAUUCUUUGGAUUCCGACACUGAACUCCGAACCGACGGAAUUUCGUUUAAAUACCGUAACUUAUGGAACAGCGGCUGUUCCAUUCCUCGAUUUACGGGUCCUUCGGCAAUUAGUCCUAGACGAGGGACUUCAGCAUCCUAAGGGCUCGAUCGUCAUUACCUAUCAGACUUAUAUUGAUGAUUGCCUUUUUGGAGCAGAUUCAAAAGCUGAAAUAAUUGAAAUUCGAGAGGACGUAAAAAAUUUGCUUCAGAAGGAACAUGGCUUAGCUGUCGAAAAACCCUUAGAUGAAAACGAUUCUUUAAAGGUUCUUGGUAUCGUCUGGCAUCCCAUCUUGGAUGACUAUCGCUUUAAAAUAGAACUACCAGAAGUCUCGCAAUUAACUAAACGGACAGUUGUGUCUCUAAUUGCUCAUUUAUUUCAUCCCUUCGAUUGGGUAUCACCAGCAGUGAUUUUAGCUAAAAUUUUUAUGCAAAAGCUUUGGAUUAAAUCGAUCUCUUGGGAUGAUAUUUUAACAGAAGAUCUUUGGAAAUUUUGGAACGAAUAUCAUGCUUCGAAUGUCGCUUACACCGCAGUAGUUUAUAUUCGUUUGACUUUCAAAUCUGGAGAAACUCGCGUUGUUUUAUUAUCAAGUCGAACUAGAGUAGCACCGAUAAAAUCGCAGACACAAACAGUUCCACGCUUGGAACUUUGUGGUGCUUUACUUCUUGCUAAAUUGAUUUCAGCUAUUAAAAAUACUUCGCAAUUCUCAGACCUAAGAUCGAUAUGCUGGACUGAUUCAACUAACGUUGUAGCUUGGAUAAAUAAGUACCCUUCGGAUUUGAAAAUGUUCGUUGCUAAUCGCGUCGCUGCUAUUUAUGCGGUAACACCGUCUAGCAUUUGGAAGCAUGUGCCGACCAAGGGUAGUCCUGCCGAUUAUGCCUCUCGUGGUGUUUUUGCUUCUAAACUUGUCGAAAAUGAUCUUUGGUGGCAUGGUCCGACGUGGCUAAGUCAAACUGAAGAUUUUUGGCCUUCGAUGGGAAACGUUAGGAACUUCGAAACCGAUUUGGGUCUUCGAAUGCAAACUCAUCUCGCAUAUGAACAACCUAAAUUUUGCUUAGAAAACCUAUCAACUCGAAUCUUGUCGUGGCUGAAACUUGUGCGUAUUUUAGCGUAUGUCCUCAAAUUUUUGGCUAUUAAAACCGGAUUCUCCCCCUUUCAAAUGAAAAUCGGAAAUGAUGUCUCUAUCGUGAAAUAUUGUAGUGAUAGUGAAACUAUUUGGCUCAAGUAUAUUCAGUCUCAAUUAUUUUUUAACGAUAUUUCAAUCUUAGAUAGAAAAAUCGAAUUAGACCGCAACAGUCCAUUGCUGUCAUUAAAUCCGUUCCUUGAUGAAAACAAAAUCCUUCGCGUUGUAAGAAGAUUAACUAACGCAGCAAUGGAAUUUAAUCGAAAAUUUCCAAUUAUUAUCAAGGCACAUCCUUUAGUAACUUUGCUAAUACGACAUUUUCAUAGGAAAUGUUUGCACGGAGGAACGCCAUUGACUUUGAGUCUGCUAAGACAAAACUUUUGGCUUAUCCGGGGAAGACAAACAGUUAAAUCCGUCAUCUACCAAUGUAUGCCUUGUGUUCGAAUUCGUGCGGAUGUUUCAAAUCAAUUAAUGGGUGCUUUGCCUAAAAGCUGUAUCACGCGACCUACAGGACCCUUUACUCACGUUGGUAUCGACUAUGCAGUCAUUGAUUAUACUACUGAAGCAUUUCUCGCUGCACUUAAACGUUUCGUCUCCUGUCGAGGGAUACUUCACACGAUUCACAGUGAUCGAGGGACGAAUUUCCAAGGUGCUAGUCGCGAACUUGACGAAACUUUCCAAAGAGAGACACAAACACCUGAAGUACGAGCGUAUUUGCUACAUGAUAAGAUUCGAUGGGAUUUCAUUCCCCCCGCAGCGCCGCAUUUUGGUGGGAUUUGGAAAUCUGGCGUGCGAAGUGUAAAAGACCACUUGCGACGCGUUCUCGUAGUUCAAACUCCUUCUUUCGAAGAAUUGACUACAUUAUUGUGCCAGAUAGAAGCAUCUUUGAAUUCAAGGCCAUUGUGCCCUCUAUCAGAUAAUUCAGAGGAUCUAAAAGUUUUCACACCAGGACAUUUUUUAAUUGGUGGAGAACUAAUUGCAGUACCAGAAAUUUUAUUAGAAAAUUUAAAAUCAAAUCGAUUGUCAAAAUGGCAAUUGUGGCAACAAAUUCUUGAAACUUUUUGGAAAACCUGGUCUCAAGAUUAUAUUUUAUCUUUAAAACAACGUAACAAAUGGCAACUUCGAAAAAAGAAUAUUUGA